GGGCGGCGGGCCGCGACGGUGCUGUGAAAAUGAAGUGACGUGUGUUUCCAAUUUUUGAUUUUUUUUUAAAGUGGACACUGGCCGUUUACCCGUAUUUUUACAUAAGUAUCGUGGCAGACGACCUGCUCCGUCCAACAUGACAGACACACAGGCUCGUGGUUCUGAAAAACUCGACUACAAUAAAAUGGAAUUCCUGAACGGGAACGACCCCGCGACGCCCAACCUGAACAAGCCGGACAACCGCGAGAACUCCGAGGAUGUGGAGUCCAUCGCCGACUGGUACGACGGCUCCGUCAUCCUCGUCACGGGUGGAACAGGGUUCGUAGGGAAGGCUCUGCUGGAGAAGCUGCUAAGGAGUUGUCCAGGGAUUGAGACGAUCUACGUCCUGAUGCGACCCAAGAGAGGGUUGACCGUGGAACAGAGAUACAAGGAGUUGCUGAAGAACCAGGUAUUCGACCGCGUCCGGACCCGCUGGCCCGACCGCCUGGGCAAGCUAACGCCGAUCACGGGAGACGUCUCCGCCCCCAACCUUGGAAUCAGCGCGGAACAAAGGGAACUCCUCAAGGAGGUGACCACACUCUUCCACUCGGCCGCCACCGUCCGCUUCACGGAGCCGCUGCACACAGCCACGACGCUCAACGUGCAGGGAACCGCUUCGCUGUUGAAACUAGCGGCGGACAUGCCCAGGCUGAAGGCCCUGGUCCACGUGUCGACCGCCUACAGCAACGCGCCGCGCUCCCACAUCGAUGAGCUGGUGUACCCCCCGCCCUAUGACCCUGACAGCAUUGUCAGGUGCACCAAGCUUCUGCCUCCAGAGACCGUGGAGUCUAUUAGUGGCACGUUACAGGGUGAACAUCCGAACCCUUACACGCUGACGAAAUCUCUCGCCGAGGCGAUAGUGUACAACCAGGCAGACCUGCCUGUAUGCAUCGUCAGACCUUCCAUUGUGACGGCUGCGUUCCAGGAACCGUUCCCCGGGUGGAUCGACAACGUGUAUGGUGUUACCGGCAUCAUCAUGGAGAUCUCCCGCGGGACCUACCGCUCGGGGUACUGCCGGGAGCGGUACGUGGUAGACCUGGUGCCCGUGGACAUGGUCGUCAACUGCUGCAUCCUGGCCGCUUGGAGACAGGGCGCUAAGCAACCCGGCCGGUGUCCCGUGUACAACGCGACGUCAGGCUCUAUCAACCCGCUACAGUGGGGGCAGUUCACUCGGCACUGCCUGAAGUGGGCCAGGGAGAACCCCACCAAAUACGUGAUGUGGUACCCCAACUUCUCGUUCACGGAGUCCCGGCUGGUGAACACGUUCUGGGAGGUGUCGCUGCACUUCCUGCCCGCCUUCCUCUACGACGUCGUGCUGAGGGCGCAGGGGAGGAAGGCCAUAAUGAUGAAGCUAGCGCGCCGCUUCAAGAUGGCGGCCGCGACGGGCGAGUACUUCGCCAACCACGAGUGGCAGUUCGGCAUCUCGGAGUUCUCCGCGCUCCACAGCGACGCGGCCGCCGCCACAGAUGGCGCCACUUUCUUCCACUGGCCCGAGUUCAAUUGGGAGACGUAUAUCGGCGCGUACAUGCUGGGCAUCAGGAGGUUCAUCCUGAAGGAUACGCCCGAUUCCCUGGUGCAGGCUAGGACUAAGUUGAGGAGAUUAUACUGGAUCAACAAACUGCUCCAGGCGGCGACCGGUAUCUACCUUGUGAAAUUCUGGCUCAGAAGAAUGCGGUAGAACCCCUAAAAUAUAAGAGUUAAAUAAGAAAAGUCACUUUUAUAAGAACAAUGCAUUCUUACGUUAUGUUGAAAAGCUGAUUGGGUUCCGCGUAAUCAAUAAUUUUUCUUUAGUACCAUAGUCGUAUGUUAAUUUCCGUUUUUAUCCUCGUCAUAAUAAUUAGAGGUGUCAGCGGUGGGACAGCAAGUAAAAAAUUUCAAUCUAUCUUUGAUUUCUUCAACCGUUGGCAUUGAGAAAGUCUUAGAAAAAGCUUCUUGGAUAAACGUUUAAAACAAUCUUAAAAUUCCUUUUAUAAUAGGUAUUUCGUUAAAUUGGAUUAAUAAUAAUGUCAACUUCUUGCCUCUAUUUUAAUAUUACUGUCAGCCACAGGAUUAUACUCUCAACUUGCGUAUUAUGAGCUAACACAUGCCGGUAGAAAAGGGCUUUAAAGCACGUGUCUAAGUUAAAAUAUAAGAAAUAAACAACAGACCACAGCAGAAUUAAUUAUUUUUGUAUUAGAGACUAUAUUGCUUUGAAUAAGUUUGCAGUUGAAUGUAUUUUAUGAGUAUACCUUGUAAGAGAUUAUUUUAAUUAAAUAUAAUAAUUAUAAUAAAUGUAAAUAGAUGAAAAUCUUAAAGGCAAAAUUUCAGAAAGUUAGUUACCAGUCGAAUUUUAUGUAAAUGUGUAUAUUCUUACAAUUUGUUC